AUGCACGUUAUGGCAAUGGGUCUCUGCGUGCUUCUUCUUCAUCUGGAUAGAUUAUUAGCAGCAGCGAAUAUCUCUGCUUCAUGUUUUCCGUCAGUUCCUGAUUUUGAGUGCCUUGAUAGACCGGCCUAUGCAGUUAACGAGGAACCACCGACCGAGUCGGAGGUUCUGGCCUAUAUCCAAAAGAUGAAAAAUAGAAAAUUUGGUGGACAUGAUGGAAUUAGCGCAGAGAUGCUAAAAUAUCUUUCUCUUUCUGGGAUUCGUGAGAUGACAAAGACCAUCUGUUCAAUAUGGAUAGACAAACUUUCGUCCUGGCCCAUCUACGAUUGA